AUGGGAAGAGCAAUCGAGGUGGUGACACCGCCAACGCCAGUCGUGGUGGAGGAGCCGCCGCCAAGUCCGGUCGAAGGUCCACCUGGUCCUAGGACGCUGAUCUCGCUGGAGCAAUUGGAGCAGGUGCAUGCGGCUGAGUCAGCGGCGGAGCGAGCUCAACAAUUGCAAAGCGCGUUGGGUGUCCAGCACUAUCCUGUAAACCCACGGACGUGCGUGUGGGUGGACUUCUGCUUCGGCGUGCUCAAUUUCGCUAGGGACGACGCGCGUCUGACCCCCCAAAAGACGCUCGCCCUGCUCACGCUUGCACACGUCGUGUACACCUUUGCAACAGAUCCUGCAAUUGAUAGAGACUUGUCAGUGAGUAAGAUCUCUGAGCCGGUGCCACCGUAUCCACAAGAGAGCACGCAGUCUCAAGAAGAUGUCGUGCCAGCGCUUCUAGACUCGUAUCCGUCGGUGGAAACUGUUUACGAGCACUUCCGCGAGAAGAUCCGGCAAGCCAGUGUAGCACGGAUCGUUACGUACUUCACCUCGACAUUCUUCCGGCACGUACGCGCGUACCAGUAUUUAAACCGCGUCCAACGACCGAGUGUUAUGCGUGAGUGUCCUCUUUCUACCGAGACUCCGCUUCCUCCGCCUUCUCUUGCGGACGCUACCCUACAACCAGAGUGA